CCAGGCGGGUACCAACAGACGGCUCGACAGUUGGCCCCCAACAUAACAGUUAUUUUCAAACUUCAGGACUAAACUCACCCGAUUAAAUUCACAUCCACUCGAUCUCCUAAAAUAUCAAAUACAUACUGAUUUAAUUGACAAAAAAAAAGUUGGAUUAAAACGUCAAAAUGGUCGCUAAAGACCCGAGGAAGGAGUUGGUGACGGAGUCGAUGAACCCGUACGAGAAACCGCCCAGUGUGACCACAGGACAGUCUAUUAAAAAUUUUCUGUAUAAUCCACAAACAGGCGCUGUUUUGGGAAGGACACCCAGUAGCUGGGGAAAAAUUGGUAUAUUUUAUUUGAUCUUCUACGGAGUCCUCGCUGCCCUAGUCGCCAUCUGUUUUUUCAUAUUCUUCCAAACGCUGGAUCCAAGAGUUCCAAAAUGGCAGCUAGAAAGAUCACUGAUUGGUACAAAUCCAGGAUUGGGAUUUAGGCCAAUGCCACCAGAGGACAACGUCGAGAGCACGCUGAUCUGGUUCAAAGGCAGUAAUCGAACAAAUUAUAAUUACUGGGUUACAUCGCUGAAAAACUUUCUAGCGGAUUAUAAGAAACCAGGUUCUUCUCCUGGUCGUGGUCAGAACGUAGUUAACUGUCGGGAUGGCAAAAUAAUAGAACCUUGGCAAGUCUGUGUAGUGAAUGUGCGAGACUGGCAUCCGUGUACUGAGGAAAAUUUCUUCGGAUAUCAUACCUCGAGUCCAUGUGUCUUCCUAAAGCUGAACAAAAUUUACGGAUGGAUGCCGGAAUAUUACAACACCACUGAAAAUCUUCCUCCAGAUAUGCCUAAGCAGCUCAACGCAACGAUCCAUCAGUUGGUGCAAGAAAAUUCACUGCAGCUGAAUACGAUAUGGGUUUCAUGUGAGGGAGAAAAUCCUUCUGAUCAAGAAAAUAUUGGAGUUGUCAAGUACUAUCCGAAGCAGGGCUUCCCGGGUUACUUUUAUCCGUAUUACCAUAGUGACGGAUAUCUCAGUCCUCUCGUUGCUGUUCAGUUCGAACGUCCACGACCUGGAAUUCUCAUCAACAUUGAGUGCAAAGCCUGGGCCAGGAAUAUCAAGCAUCACAGGAACGACAAAAUAGGUUCGGUACAUUUUGAGCUCUUGGUUGAUUAAUGCAAUCAGUGUUCAAUAAAACGUUCCUCAUCAUGCACUUUGUGAGAUUAAAGUCAAUUUACAAAAGAAAUCGGGAAUCUCCGAGAAACCUGAUCAUUAAGGUCUGAGAAACGAAAUUUUCAUUAUUUCUUCCGAAGCGCCUUAUUUUUUAUGACAACAUAUUGUUAAGUGAUUCAUCUCACCCAAAGUCUGAACAAAUGUCAAUCCUACUCUAGAAAAUUAUUGAAAUUUCAUCACCGAAACUGUCAGAAAUGCCGAAGAUAUUGGAGCAGCUUUUAGAAAAUCUCAUCUUCAUAUUGUAUCGGUAUUCGAUGAUAUUAAUUGUGUAAUUUAUAUGCGUAUCGUCGUCACAUUACAUGUAAAUACCUGAUGAAGGACAAAAAAUUUGAUACGGAAUUUAUAAAAAAUGGAGUCUAUGAUAUCAGUUAUGAAGUGGUACAACGCAAUAAGUGGAAGUGUUUCGGCAAUCAGUAAGUUCAGAAGAAUAUUGAGAAAUUCUUUUUUAUCACACGCUGCGGAAAAGUAAAGUUUUAGACACGUUUCAUAUUCUUUCGCCUCUUUUCCCCAUAUUGUGAUGAAAAUAACGUUUCAUACACGUGAGAAAAGUAGUUUUUGGCUCGCGGGUUUAUAUUACUGGUUCCCAGCUUGUACUGCAACAUUUCCGCAGUCAAAAAAGCCCUUUUCUGCACUCGUAUCGAAAUAUAUUUCCAUAUUUUCUGUGAAAAAAAUAUUCACGAGAGGAAUCCACAAUUGGAGAAAAUGCAAAGAAUGGGCAACUACGUUUUAUCACUUCAUCACACAAAUAACUUCGUUUUAUCUCUGAGUGAAUAGUUUGUAGAUUUUUUCGAUAAUUAUACAAUGUAUUUGUCUUUUUGAACAUCGUGUGUCUCGAUUGAUCUAAUGGAUCUGUGAUUUUUACCAUACAUAUGAAUCUCCCCAGAAAAUUAUUUUUAAAAAUGAAAUAAUGUCUUUGAAAUUAAUACUCCAUGCACGUUUAUAUAUGAGAAUAUCUAUCCUUUAUUAUUAGGUAGAAAAUGUUGUUGCAGACUCUUUGGAAUGAAAAUAAUAUUUUAAGGAAUAAAAAAAUCUACUGCCAUCACAAAUUAUAAUUUAUA